GGCAUCCAUGAGAUGCGGAUGGAUACUUAUGUUGUGGAGUGCACAGAGAGUCAUGGCUCUGAUGCUAGUUUGUGGCCACGCAUGGAUAAUGAGGCAUGGGUUAAGGCUGUUGGAGGUUGCUCAUCUAAUUUCAUGCUAGGGAUUAGCUCCCAAGUAAAUCCAGAGAUGGUUGGUUUUACUUACAGGAAGAGACAACCUCGAGAAAACUUAAUAGUAGCACUGAUGGCGUCUGACUAUGAGGAGACACAAGCAAAAGAUCAUGAGGAGUUAGAAAGACAAUGCCAACAAAUUGCUUUGAUGCAACAGCAGCUGGCCAAUAUGACAGAAGCUCAGAAUAAUAUGAGCCAAACAAUCGCACAGUCUGUUGUAGCAGCUCUAGCUGCUCAUGGCAUCUCCCCUCAGGCAGGUCAUCAUCCAGUUGCCCCACCAUAGCCGUCACAUGGUCCUAGCUCAGGAUAAUUUCAGCUAGGCAAUCGAUGGUUUUGUGGUUCCAAGGGACUAUAGGGUCGAUGUACAUGCAAUUGGUUUUCGCAGGAAUGGAUUUAGAACACGAGAAGAUGGUAAUGUCCUUAAAUGAAAAGAAUAAAAAUGUGCAUUGGAA